CGUUGAAGUAGCGUCGAUUCAGAGUAGCUUUUAAGGGAGCGCAGCGUAGCUUUCGGAUUAUACAACUGCACACUUUUCACAUAAGGUGACCCAGUUAAAAUGGACAUCAGGUUACUUCUUGUUUUUGCUAUUGUCGGUUUAAUGGCCACCGGCUUAACAGCAAGGAUCGGAUUUUUAGGAAGAAUUGCUCAAAUACUUUUGGCCGCCACCCUUAUCCCAUUAAUUUGCAAGUUUCAUCGAAAGUUCUACGUCAUUUUGAAGACACUGCCAAGGGAUAUCAAAUUCCUCUAUCGGUAUGUGAAUGCUAAUCGAGAUCUGAAAAGUUUCGUUAGAAAUAAUACAACGGUUAUGAAAAUUUUCCAAGAACAAGCACGUCUUUAUCCAGAUAAACCAUGUUUUAUUUUCGAAGGAUGUACUUGGACAAACGAAGAUAUUGACAAGUAUAGUAAUCGAAUAGCAAAUAUUUUUAAAGAAGCUGGAUAUGGUAAAGGUGAUGCCGUAGCACUUUUGAUGCUUAACAGACCGGAAUAUAUCGCAACUUGGCUUGGAUUGGGGAAGAUAGGUGUGAUAACAGCUUUGAUUAAUACCAAUUUACGUCAACAAUGUUUAAGCCAUUGCCUGACCGUUGCAAAAGUUAAAAGCAUAAUUUAUACCGAGGAAUUUUCUUUAGCAAUCGAAGAUAUUUCAGAUUCUAUUGAAGGAAUAAUCAAGUAUAAACAAGGUGGCAAUUUCGAAGAAUAUAACGGGGAUAUUAAAAAUUUGGAUAAACUAUUAGCAGAUGCUAGCAUAAAACAACCAAAUGUUGAUAAUGAACCUGGUUAUAAAGAUGAUUUGUUGUAUAUAUAUACCAGUGGUACAACUGGUUUACCCAAAGUGGCUAUUGUACCAAAUUCAAGAUUCCUACUCGUCAUAACGGCAACUUAUCAUAUGCUGGGAUUGAAGAAGAAUAGUGAUAUUUUAUAUAAUCCUAUUCCAUUAUAUCAUAUGUCUGGUGGAUUAGUAGGGACAGGUUGUGCACUUACCAAAGGUAUUCCAAGUAUUUUAAGAAGUAAAUUUUCUGUCAGUGCUUAUUGGACUGAUUGUAUCAAGUAUAAAUGCACGUUGGCACAAUAUAUCGGCGAAAUGUGUCGAUAUUUAUUAAAAGCUCCACCACGUCCGGAAGAUAAAGCUCAUUCGAUUAGACUAAUGGUCGGAAAUGGUAUGAGACCACAAAUUUGGCAAGAGUUCGUUGAUCGUUUUAAAAUUGAACAAAUUACGGAAGUCUAUGGAUCGAGCGAAGGCAAUGCUAAUAUUGUUAAUGUCGACAAUCAAGUUGGAGCAGUUGGUUUUGUUCCAUCAAUAUUACCUAAAUUUCUUCAUCCAGUUGCUCUUAUUCGUGUGAAUCCUGACACGUGCGAACCAAUUAGGGGUAAAGAUGGAUUAUGCAUACGAACUGAAAUAAAUGAACCAGGUAUGCUAAUAGGAUUGAUAAAACAAGGAAAUGUAGAGAGAGAAUUUAAUGGAUAUUUGGAUAAGGAAGCAUCACGAAAGAAAGUAGUAGAGAAUGUAUUCUGUAAGGGUGAUAAAGCAUUUCUUUCAGGUGACAUUUUAAUACAGGAUGAAUUUGGAUACUUUUACUUCAAGGAUAGAACAGGUGACACUUUCAGGUGGAAAGGUGAAAAUGUUGCUACUGCUGAGGUGGAAGGUGUUAUCAGUAAUGUUGCUGGAUAUAGAGAUACAACUGUUUACGGAGUACAGAUACCUGGUGUAGAAGGAAAAGCAGGAAUGGCAGCAAUAGUAGACCCUGAGAGUUUAAUAGACUUUAAAGCACUUGCUGAGGGUUUAGAUAAAGCUUUACCUUCCUACGCAAGACCAAUUUUCUUAAGGAUUGUCAAAGAAUUAGAAAUGACAAGUACAUUUAAAUUGAAAAAAAUUGGCCUUCAAAAUGAAGGAUUUGAUCCUAAUAAGAUUCAAGAUAAAGUGUAUUUCCGAUCAGAUAAAGAAUAUGUCGAAGUUACACCCGAGCUAUAUCAAAAAAUUAUAUCGGGAUCUACCAAGUUGUAAUUAGCAAUAGUUUUCUUUCUUUUUCUUUUUUUUUUUUUUUGUUUUGUUUUCGUAAUGGGGAACUCUAUAAAUGUGUAAAAUUGAUCGGAUUAGGGCGCAUGGAUUAGACAGCUUUUUUUUACAUACGAGAAACCAUUUGAAUUGACACUAACAAUUUAUGAUCUCGUAUCGCACAUAACAAUUUCAUUGUAUAAUACGUGAAUAUAAUCUCACGUACAUAUAUCUUAAAUAUGGAAUUAUAUGA